GGAAGGAAGUUGAGAAACAGUCUUGCCGAAGCGGCGGCAGCGUUGCAGGGCGCAUAGGGCGGCUUGGUCAUGUUUCUCCAGUAUUACUUGAACGAGCAGGGAGAUCGGGUGUAUACGCUGAAGAAAUUUGACCCGAUGGGACAACAGACUUGCUCAGCCCAUCCUGCGCGGUUCUCCCCGGAUGACAAAUACUCGCGACAUCGAAUCACUAUCAAGAAGCGCUUCAAGGUGCUCAUGACCCAGCAGCCGCGCCAGGUCCUCUGAGGCUUCUGUCUCCUGUCUCGUCGACCUCCGCUGCCCUGCGGAGACUGCCUGACCAGACAUCAGUCCGUGAGCCUAGAAGCCUUCUUACAACUUAGGGUCUUUGGACUCGCGUCUGUUCAUCGCCUUUGAAAAUACUGUGUGAGGCAGUCAUGGUGGCAUCCCCACUAAAGAAAACAAGUUUGACUUUAUAUUUUGAAUUAUUGCCUGGUUAUUAAAGAUGAAAUAACUCGAAA